AUAGAUUUUCUAAGUUUCUCGUUAAUGCAACCAAACGCUCAAGGUGUUUGCGCAAAUGAUGCCUUCAAUGUAAUUGGAGGUGCUUACGAAGUACCGGAAAUUUGUGGAGAAAAUAGUGGGCAACAUCUUUAUGUGAAUUUUAACGGAGACGAUGAUAUUAAACUCGUUAUUAACACAAAUUCAGAUUCUACUUUUGGUAGAUCUUGGAGAUUUAAAGUUACUCAAAUUGGUUGUGAUUGUCCUACAAGAGCUCCAAAUGGAUGUUUACAACAUUAUACUGGUAUAUCUGGUGUGGUACAAUCUUUAAAUUAUGGAACAACUAUAGCUGGUCAGGGUACAAGACAAUUAGCUAAUACCAAUUAUGGAAUUUGCGUAGCUCCGGCUGCCGGAUAUUGUGGUAUUCAAUGGAGUCAAGGCACCGCUAGUCCUAAUACUUUUACUAUUUCUGGGGACGCCACGAUGGCACCAACGUCUCUUUCUGGGGAUGAUUGUACAACAGAUUUUAUUGUAGUUGCGAAUCCUUAUAUUGCUGGAACUCCAGCGAAUACUGAUAGAUUUUGUGGUACUCAAUUACCAACAUUAGUCAGUUAUUCGAGGCCGUUUGUACUUUAUGUGGUUACUGAUGGAAAUGAAGCUAACGACGUAGCUAAUAGUGGAUUUUUAUUAUCAUACACACAACUUGCUUGUAGAAAUUCGAUUUGUCGUAGCCAAAAAAUAGAAUUAUUUGGAAAGACACCAAAUAAUCGAACAGCUAAAUUUCUACCAUUUUGGAACUUUGGAAUCGGGGUUGUACGAUUCGCAAAUAACGUAUGCGACAGUGCUGAUGGCUUAUAUGGGACUUGUUACACAAAAAGACAAUGUGCAGAAGUUAAUGGUGGGAUUAUAUCCGGUUCUUGUGCGAGCGGAAUCGGUGUUUGUUGCGUAGUCCUUCUUGGAUGCGGAAGUAUUUCUUCGAGUAAUAACACAUACUUUGUGAACGAAGGAUAUCCGGCAGCUUAUUCUGGAGCCGGGUGUUGUACCUACACAAUUCAAAGAUGUAGUCCAGAUAUUUGUCAAGUCAGAAUAGAUUUUCUAAGUUUAACUUUAGCACAACCCGAUGGAACUGGUCGUUGCAUUUACGAUGCUUUAACAAUAACAGGAGGAACAUCAAACAUUCCGAUAAUUUGUGGCGAAAAUAGUGGUCAACACGUUUAUGUCAAUUUCAACGACGAUCAAGAUAUUCGUAUUGUAAUUGAUACCAGUGCAGAUGUUGAUCUUGCUAGAAGUUGGAAUAUUAAAGUUACUCAACUUGCUUGUGAUUGUGGAACAUUAGCACCACCUGGUUGUUUAAUGUACUACACUGAUAUUAGUGGGACCGUAAAUAGUUUUAAUUAUGGUACAACAGCAAAUGGUGCUUUAGUGGGCGAUGUCCUUGGUACAAGAGAAUUAGCAAAUUUAAAUUACGGCAUUUGUAUUGAUCCUAAACCGGGAUAUUGUUGUAUUACAUGGAGUCAAUCCGGAGGUGAUCCUUAUUCUUUUACGUUAACUGGAGAUACUAUGGCUUUAGGGAACACUUUACCAACGGGAAGUGUCGUUGGAACUGAUUGCACAACGGAUUUUGUUGUUAUUCCAAAUCCACAAGAAGUUGCUGCAGAUAGAUUUUGUGGAAACGCAUUCCCAACCCUUACUUCGUGUGCAAAACCUUUUGUAUUAACAGUGGUUACAAAUGCAGAUGAGAUGGGAGAUGUUGCAAAUAGAGGAUUUUCUUUAACAUACACGCAAAAGAGAUGUGCAUGCGCAGGAAAUUGUUAUCCUGUUUAG